GCGCGCUCGCUCGCUCGCCUCGCUGGAGUACCCGUUGCUCCGCGAAUCAAACGCCGAUUGGUGGGAGGCGAGGCGAGGCGAGGAGAAAACUCGGCCUGGCUGGCUGGCUGGCACUCGUGAAGUCUGCAAUCACGAGCGAGCAGAAACACGUCGCAGGCAGUGCGCUACACGGUACGGCGCGCGCGAUGGAUUAUUGUCGACUUGACAGCAGGCGAGCAUGCACGAGGCGAGGGCAUGGAUGCUCGAGAAUGCGGAUAAGAGGGCAUGCCAUAAUGCAAAGCAGGGUCGAGGAGUCAAACACUGUCAGACUGCCGCACAGCCGCGAGCGAUUAACGCCUUGCUUUCGAAGCAGCAUUCCCCGCGAGGCCUCCCGCAGCUCUCGUGCGCGCGCUCACACUUCAUGCGGGGUCUCGGCACCUGCCACCCUGUCAGUCGUUCUGACGGCGAGGGAAACGAGUCGGGCGGACAGUCAUACAAGGGACGGUGGCGAGGGAGCAGACGUGAGACCGCUUUCAUUCACUGAAUUUCCCAAGAGCUUGCCGCGAUUCACUGACAUACCGACAGCGAACAGCCAAGUAGGCCGCCGCACGGCGCUAACGACAUGGAGUGCGAGCGGCAGACGACGCGAGGCGACAGCUGGCGAGAUCCAAGGCACUCAUCGAGCGACGACGAUUCGAUGCACGACGCCGCGACGAACGACCCCUCAGCCUGCGACGCCGUCGACGGGCCCGCGGGGAACCUUCCGCGGAGCGAGGGAGGGCAGCGGGCGGGCGACGGCAAUGGGGGCGCGCGCGAGCGCGAGAACAAGCUCGGAUGGAAUCCGCGCGGCGGCGGUGCCCCGCGGCCGAGGCGGAGCAAAGGUGCUCAAUUUCCGCAAGCCGCCGCGACCGCAGCCGUCGCUGAAUGCGUCUCGGGAGCGAACGCCGCCUCGCCGCCACUGCCCCCGCUGGACGCGAUGGGCGGCGCGGCGAGCCGGCACGUGCGCGCCGUGGAGGACGCGGCGCUGUGGCACGCGUGCGCGGGGCCGCUGGUGACGGUGCCGGGCGUGGGGUCGCUGGUGGCGUACUUCCCGCAGGGCCACGCGGAGCAGCAGCAGCGCCUCGCGCAGCGCGAUCCGCCGAUGCUGGAGGAGUCGGAGUCGCCAUCCUACUCCCCUCCGGGGCUGUCGUCGCCGAUCGCCAUCGCCGUGUCCGACUCGCAGUCGCACUUGCGGUCGCAUGACAGCGGCGACGAUUCGCCAAGCCCGUCGCACGGCGAUAGCGGGUUGAGCCAGUCGCCCAGCCAAUCAGAGUCCAGCGGCUGCACUCUCCGCGCGCAAGGCAGUGGUAGUCCCGGCGCGCGUGGCGGAACGGAGGGCGCGCGGGGGAUGAGGCAGCAGCAGCUGCCGCCGAGCCACAUGUUCUGCAGGCUGACGGCCGUCACGCUUCAGGCGGACGAGCGCACGCACGAGCUCAUGGUGCGCUUCGAGCUGCAGCCCGUCCACGAGGCAGAGGCGGCGCGGGUGCAGGCCGCUGCGAGCUAUGAGGCGCGCAAGGCGGGCGCGGGGGGGAAGAGAGGACAGGAGCACGGCAGGAGGGGGGAGGAGGGGGAGGGGAAGGAGCAGGAGGCGGAAGAGGGUGAGGAGGAGGGCGGCACGGAGAUGGACGGGGCGGUCGAGCAGGUGCCACGUCAGGCGGGGCUGCAGGCGGGGGUGCACACGAACGUGGCGCUGCACGCGCGCCUGCACAUGUGCUGCAAGCGCCUCUCCUCGAGCGACGCCGCGCCGCACGGUGGCUUCUUCAUCCCGUGCAAGGCCGCCGAGUCGCUCUUCCCCGCCCUCAACGCCAACGAGGAGGGGCCAUGUCAGCAGCUGGUGGCAUCUGACGUGUUUGGCCGCGAUUGGAACUUCCGCCAUGUGUACCGCGGGUCGCCGCGCCGCCACCUGCUCACGGCGGGGUGGAGCGCGCUGUGUGCCUCGUGGGGGCUCGCUGCCUCCGACCGCAUCGUCUUCCUCCGGGCGGGCAACGGCGCGCUCAAGGUGGGCACGAGGCGCAGCGAGGCCGUGGUGGCGGCGCAGCAGAGGCGGCAGAGGGAGCGGGAGAGAGAGAGGGGCAGGCUGGCCGUGGAUGCUGCGUGCAGCACGGGCACAGUCAACGGGGAGCAGGACAGGGGGGGUGCGGAGGGGUGUGGGUGUGGGGUGGGCAGCGCGGGUGCAGGGACAGCUGCCGCAGGUGCAGCGGCAGCAAGCGGCGGUGGUGGAGCAGUGGAACCAAAGCAAGUGCUGGAUUGGGCGGCGCACUGCCAUCACGAGAAGAGGCCGUUCUCUGUCGUCUACCACCCCUGUCUGGCAGCCACCCCGGCGCCCUUCAUCGUGCCGCUGGGGUCGUUCUGUGCCGCGCUGCGCCUCAAGCAGCGCCUGGCGCCGGCCACCGAGGUGCGCAUGGCGUUUGAGACAGACGAGCUCGCCGUGCACCGCCUGCGCGGCACCGUCACGGCCGUGCACCGCGCGGUGAGCGGCGUGUGGCCCACGUCGCAGUGGCGGUCGGUGCGCGUGCGCUGGUUCGACUGCGACCCCGCGCUGCCCAAGCCGCCUCUCGGGCGCCUCUUCCGCCCCGCACUUUCCCCCCACGCCCUUGCGCCUGCCCCCCUCCGCCUCCGCCUCCGCCUCCGCCUCCCCCAGCGCCCCGCGGCGCAUCAGCCUGGCGGAGUGGCGGCAGUGGCGCGCGCUGGAUGGAGGGAUGUGGUGAGGUUGGACAGCGCGUGGAAGCUGUCAGCACUAGCGGGGGGAAAGGGACCUGCCACGUCAGCAGAGGCUCCUUCAGAAGCCGCAGAGGCAUCAGAGGCAUCAGAGGCGUCAGCAUCAGCAUCAGCAUCAGCUCGGCUUUCCCCUGCAGCAUCCAGCGCUGCAGUUGCAUCAGAGAGCCAGCAGCAGCAGCAGCGGGUGCCUGCUGCCCCCCCCCUCUCUCACUCCAUCCCCCCAACCAUGGCUGCUCCGCUGCGCCCCUCCCACUCCCACUCUCGCCUCCCCUCACUCCCCCUCAUACACGCGCCCUCCCCCUCACACUCGGGCAUCAGCAGCGGCCACAGUGCUGCCACGCAAGCACAUGCGGGUGCCACCAUGCCACAACCGCCAGCAGCAGCAGCGGGUGGGCGUGAGAGCAGCAGGGCUGCCACCACCCCUCGACACAGUGGUGGCGUGUUGGCAGCCGCAGGAGCGCCGUCAGGCAGUGGCGUGCGCAAGCGAGUGCGCUUCCAGUGCGGCGUUGACCCGCCUGCGCCUGCUCGGCACCCUGCCAUGCACCCCACCCACGAGCACCGCCCUCUGCUGGCCCCCCCUUCUGCUGCCGGGCCCCUCUCCCCUGCUGCUCGCCCCCCCUGCCCCACUCGGCCCGCCAGGCUGUCACUCACCUCCCUGCUCCCAUGCACUAGCUGCCACGUGGCUGCUAACUCAUCAGGCGAGCGGCCAGCCAAGAAGGCAAGGAGUGCUGCCCGUGAUGUGAGGUGGCAGAGUGGUGAUGUGGAGGGGCGUGCAGAGGAGGGGGGAGAGGUGGACGGGGAGGAGGACAAUGGGGGGUGUGAGGAGCGAGUGGUGUGCGAUGAGGGGGAGGCGGACGAGGGACGGAAGGACGAAGAGGAGAGGGAGGAAGAUGAGGGGAUGGAGGAGGGGAGAAGUGAGGAAGAGGAGGGGAGGGAGGGAGAGGAGGGAAGGCAGGGAGGAGCGGAGGGUGUCACAUGCGACAACAGGCAUUCUUCAUUUGAAGCAGCGGCAGUGUCACUGCUGGUGCUCAAACAGGGCGGCCAGCACUCUGCACCACCACCACCAGCACCACCAGCAGCAGCACCAGCAGCCCUAGCAGCACCAGCAGCACCAACAGCACAGACAGCAAUGCAGCAGCCCGCCGUGUCUUCGUGUCUCACCCUCUCGCUCUCUCCCUCCUCCCCACCACCCGCUCAUCGCUCCACUGAACCUCUCGCCUCAGGUGCUUCAGGUGCCUCAGAUGCCUCAGGUUGGUGCGACCCGCUGGCACUCUCCCUCACCCCCUCUCCCCAUCUGCCUCACACGUGGCGCAUACAGCAGCAGCAGCAGCAGGGUGGGGCAGGUGGAAACGCAGUGGCACAUGGCAGGCAUGACGUGGCACAAGGCGUGCAUUAUGUGGCACGAGGUGUGCAUGACGUGGCACGAGGCAUGCAUGAGGUGGCACAAGACAUGGCAACGCACCCUGAAGGAGGAAGCGCGGUGGGGCCACAGGAGGAAGUACCAGAGACGCCAAGGCAGGGGGGCGAGGGCAUGAGGGGAGUGGCAAUGUACAGCUGUGAUGAAGCGAUAGGGGAGGGGAGCAGGGAGAGCGAGGCACGUGCAUCUGCUGCUGCACUGGGAAGAGCAGCAGCCGGGGAGGCAUUGCAGCCCAGUGCCCAUGGUGCUGCUUUCGCUCCCGGUGUCGCUACUGGUGCUGCUGUUGGUAAAGCUACUGGUGUUGCUGGUGGUCCAGGUGCUGCUGGUGGGAUGCGGCGCAUCAAACUGCGCAUGGAGGGCAGCCCGGUGGGGCGCACGGUGGAUCUGAGUGGGCUGGCCGGCUUCCAAUCACUGUACGCCAUGUGCGCAGCCAUGCUGCAGCUGCCCCUGCAACAGCCGUGCGCCAAUGUGGCAUCUGAGGUGACUCAAACGCCGCUGUUGGAAAUAUCUCAAAGGACUUCAGCGUUUCUGAAGUGUAACACUACACUCGAGGAAGAUCGCAACGGGUACGCGAGUCAACGGAGGUUACACAAGGGGACGGACAAAGAACGCGAAGGAACUUGAAGGGUCGCAACUGGAGGUUGCGACUGACCGUUACAACAGCGCGGAUGGUAACCGAAGCGACAAUCGAGUCGCUGUGUGACUCGAUAAACCGCUCCUGUAACUGUAUUCUACUGUCAAACAUGUGUAUUUGUCAUGUUUGUAUAGACUGUGUAGGGUCGCCUCUUAGAGAGUACAACACUUAGGUAUAUCUUUGUGUACUCUCACUCUAUCA